AUGAUUUUUGUUUGGAUUUCUAAUUCCAUAUAAAUCUAUGAACCAAUAACCCCUCCUUAGAAGAUUAAGAAAGUUGGAGAUUCUGGAUCUUUCUUUUAGUAAAUUCAACAACAGCAUCUUUCCUUUUCUUAAUGCGGCUACAUCACUCACAACUCUGUUUCUUAAGUCGAACUGGAUGGAUGGCCCUCUUCAUGUUAAAGAACUCAGAGAUUUGAAAAACCUGGAAGUACUGGACCUAAGUGAAAACAAAUUUAACUGCUCCAUACCAGUACGAGGGAUUUGUGAAUUAACGAAUAUUCAAGAGCUCGAUCUCAGUAAAAACAAGCUUGUAGGUCAGUUUCCUUUAUGCAUAACUAACUUGACUGGAAUUCGAGUUCUUGAUCUCUCAUCGAACCAAUUGAUUGGGAACGUACCAUCUGCUCUCGCUAACCUUGAAUCCCUUGAGUACCUAUCACUGUUUGAUAACAACUUCGAAGGCUUAUUCUCACUUGGUUGGCUCGCCAACCUCUCAAAGCUUAAGGUGCUCAGGCUUGAUUCAUAUACCAACUCACGUAGAGUAGAGUUGGAAAGUUCUUGGAAGCCAAAAUUUCAGUUGAGUGUUAUUUCACUAGGAACUGGCAAUUUGGAGAAGGUUCCUCAUUUUCUCCAAUACCAGAAGGAUUUGCGUUAUGUUGAUCUCUCUAACAAUAAUAUUUCUGGAAAUUUUCCUUCAUGGCUUUUGGAGAACAAUAUAAAACUCGAGGUUUUGCUUCUACAGGAUAACUCUUUUACAAGCUUUCAGCUACCGCAGUCUGAUCAUAAUCUCCUUUACCUGGAUGUUUCAGUUAAUGAAUUUGAUCAACUCUUUCCUCAGAACAUUGGGUGGAUACUUCCUCGCUUACUUUAUAUGAAUCUAACGAAUAAUGGUUUUCAAGGAAAUCUGCCAUCUUCUCUGGGUAACAUGGAAAUGAUUGAAUUUCUGGAUAUGUCUCACAACAGUUUCCAUGGUAAGCUACCAAGAAGUUUUUUGAAGGGUUGUUGUUCCUUAGAGUUCUUGAAGUUGGCACAUAACAAACUAAGUGGAGAGAUUUUUCCAGAAUCAGCACACUUUUUUUUUAUGCUAGAGCUGUCUAUGGAUAACAAUCUGUUUACAGGAAAGAUUGGAAGAGGUUUGCGGAGCUUGAGAUCUUUGUUUGUGAUUGACAUUUCGAACAACAAUCUCACAGGUCUUAUUCCAAGUUGGUUUGACGAAUUUCCAGAUUUAUCUGCACUACAGAUUUCUAACAACUUGUUGAAAGGUGAAAUACCUACAUCGUUGUUCAACUUAUCCAAUCUUCAAUUACUGGACCUAUCUGCAAACAGGUUAUCAGGGAACAUACCUCAAGCCAUUUCUGGAUAUGGGGCAUUAACAGUGUUACUCCUGCAAGACGAUAAUUUAUCAGGGGUUAUUCCAGAUACAAUGCUAGCAGCAAAUGUCAUUGUGCUUGAUCUAAGAAAUAACAGAUUGUCUGGGAAUAUUCCAGAGUUCAUCAACACCAAAUACAUCAGAAUUCUUCUUCUCCGAGGGAAUAAUUUAUCAGGCCGUAUUCCUCGCCAGUUGUGUGCCCUAAGAAGCAUUCACCUCGUGGAUCUUGCUAACAACAGAUUAAAUGGAUCCGUACCUUCAUGUCUUCGCAAUGCAUUAUUUGGUUUGGCGAGAGGAUACAUCAUACGAUUAUAAUCAUGUCAUUUUUUUCUGAGGAAACAUCAUAUGGCGCUAUAUUUUUCAAAUCUCUGCUCAUGCUAGAUGAGUUUACCAUCAAUUACGAGUUAAGCGCCCAGACGAUAAUCGAGUUCGCAACAAAACACAGAUAUGAUGCCUACAAGAGUGGAAAUCUCAAAUUAUUGUUUGGAAUGGAUCUCUCAGAAAAUGAGCUGAGCGGUGAGAUCCCAGUAGAGUUUGGAGAUCAUCUGAAACUACAAGCUCUCAAUCUAUCUCACAACAACUUAUCAGGAGUGAUACCAUAAACCUUUUCAGGUCUGAAGAAUGUGGAAAACCUUGAUCUUUCUUUCAACAGAUUACAAGGUCGGAUCCCACCAGAACUAACAGAGCUGAGCAGCCUAGCCGUCUUCAAUGUCUCAUUCAACAACUUAUCAGGAGUUGUUCCACAAGGAAGACAGUUUAACACAUUUGAUACACAAAGCUACUUUGGUAAUCCUUUUCUCUGUGGACAACCAACCAACACAAGCUGCAACAGCAAUAACUUUGAAGAACCAGAUAAUGGAGUGGAAGCUGAUGAAUCCACAAUCGACAUGGUAUCUUUCUACUGGAGUUUUGGUGCAGCCUAUGUGACCAUACUUCUUGGGAUACUCGCAUCACUAUCUUUUGAUUCUCAUUGGAGCAGAACUUGGUUCUACAUCGUUGAUUGCUUCAUCCACAAGGUGAGGGGUUUGUUUUGGUAAACACUGCAGCUGCCAAACGCUCCUUAUGUGAUUUUUUUUUUUCAUUGUCGUCUCCAUCUGGUGUUAAGUCUUCUCAAACUUCUUGCUUUGUUUCACAAAACCAGAACAUAACCUAUGUUUUGGUUCCUUUGUACUGUCUUUGAAUAAAAGUAAUGCCUCAAUCAUAUCUUGGAACUGGUUUAA